AUGUCAAAACGAGAACAUGAAGAAGCCUUUUCGGAAGUGUUUUUUGAUUUUUAUGAUGAUCGUUUAGAUGAGGAAAAGCGUAAAAUUAGGAAAAUGAAUUCUUCAUGGAACGAUCAUGAGGAUCGAGAAAUGAACGAUCAUCAUACUACGACAGCAGCUAUUGUCGUCAUCAUUAUAGAUUUUGAAAAUACGUUAUUGCAGAACCAUCAUGAAAGUACUUGUUACGGAGUAGAUCAAGCACCAUCUGAAUUUUAUUCCUUGCAAGAAUUAAGCUCUAAAUUGAAAAGAAAAUUACGGAAUGAAAGUAUGCAUCGGGCUCAACCAUUUUCAAUGAAAUUUGAAUAUGUGGAAUCGUUACGGUCGAUUGGUUUUAUACAACCUGUGGAUAUCAAAAUCUCAUACGUAUAUUCGUAUAUUAUUGCGUCAGAAGGGUUUUCUCGUGAAAUUCUGUUUUUUGAUUUGAAAUCUAAACGAUUGCAUACCAAGUUGUUUUUAUUUUCAAAGUAUUUAUGCGUGGAGGAGAACAAUGAAGAAUCAGUAUUGUUAUUUGGUUGUGAGCAAACGAAUGAUGUUUUCAAAUUUGAUUUGCAAAAGGUGGCGACAACCAAUCAAAAUUCCUCCGUAGAUCAUAAUGAUUUUGUUUGGAAAUCCAACUGUACCGAGAUGCCUGGAUCUAUUCAAGUUCUCAAAACACAAGUAUUUGUGGCAUCGUAUGAAAAAAAGUAUAUUGACAUUUUGGAAUUAAGCACUGGAACUCUGAUUCAAAGAUGUCACUUGGAAUACACACCACGGUUCAUUCAAUUUAUACCACUGCGACUCUAUGAGCACCCGUAUUUGAUCAUUAUCGAGCACAAAAUAUUACCACGCAUUUCUUUGUUUCAAUAUUGCACAUCUGAACAGAAAUGGAAGAGAGAACGAUCGUUGGGAACGUUUGGGUCGCUCGAUACGGGUGAAUUCUUUUCGCCGACUCGUGUUCUUUAUGACAGAGCCUACAAACAUUUAAUCGUUUCAUGCAAAGCAGUAGAAGGACUGUGUAUUUUAUCUUUGGAUGGAAAGGUUUGUAAAAUUACUUGUGAAUUGGGAUUAACCUUUAAGAUUGUGAAAUCAUUCGAACAAGGGUUAUGCCCAUCACGAGAACGUUUCGAAACGCCAGAUGGAAUAUGCUUGAAUGAGUGGACAGGAGAGUUAUUUGUUUGUGACGUUGUCUACAGACGAGUGCAAAUAUACAAGUAG